CAUAGGAACAUUGGAACCUCGUAUGCAAUGAUGCAAAGUUAAUGUGAUCUGGGUGAGCUUGGUCGUACAUAAUGACUGCUAAAAUGUCCAGAAGAUGAAUAUUUAAUGACGCUCGCUGCUGUGAGUUGUGCCUCCCCCUCCUUCUCCCCUCUUUCUGUGUAAGUGGUAUGUUCCUGUUGCUGUUACAGCCCACACACACAGACACACUCACACACACACUCACACACUCCACCCCUCCUAUCCUCAUCCUCCAAAGCCCUGCACACCCCACCCGGUGUCAGGGGGGGAUCAGCUGUGCCAGUCCCGGCAGACCACAUACACACAUACACACACACACGCGCGCACACACACAGCGUGCGGGCUGGCGAACAAAGCCACUGGCACUGCCAAUGAUCGCCGGCCAUGCCUCGACGGUUCGCCUCUCCUCUUCUCACGCUGUCGUGAGGGGAAGGCAUGACAUGACACCAUUGUCGUCGCCCGUCCUCAUCGGAAAGACGCAACUUUGGGAAGGGGGGCAGAAAGCAGUCGGUCUUUUUGGGCUUUCGUUGGAAUUUUCAUGGUGUCUUCUGCCACUGAUGAGUUGAGAUGCUGGCUGAACGCAGAGAGAAUAGCAGGGCUGCCUUUGCCCUGACAAAGCCGCUCAAGAUGAAUAUGGUGAAGAGGAUCAUGGGGCGGCCGCGGCAGGAGGAGUGCAGCCCGCAGGACAACGCCCUGGGCCUGAUGCACCUGCGCCGCCUCUUCUCCGAGCUGUGCCACCCGCCGCGCCACAUGACGCAAAAGGAGCAGGAGGAGAAGCUCUACAUGAUGCUGCCCGUCUUUAACCGGGUGUUUGGGAAUGCUCCGCCCAGCAGCAUGACGGAGAAGUUCUCCGACCUGCUGCAGUUCACCACCCAGGUGUCCCGACUCAUGGUGACGGAGAUCAGACGGAGAGCCUCCAAUAAAUCCACAGAGGCCGCCAGCCGAGCCAUCGUCCAGUUUCUGGAGGUAAACCAGAGUGAGGAGGCGAGCCGCGGCUGGAUGCUUCUGACGACCAUCAACCUGCUGGCUUCUUCAGGACAGAAAACGGUGGACUGCAUGACGACCAUGUCUGUGCCGUCCACUCUGGUUAAAUGCCUCUACUUGUUCUUCGACCUGCCGCACAUGGUGGAAGCCCCGGCAGCCCCCCCUCCACCGCCGCCCCAACCGGCGCCCAACCAGGAGAAGACGGCCGGCCAGGGCCACCCCCAGCCCGAGCUGCCGCUGGCCGACCGCAGGGCGCUGCUCCAGAAAGUCUUCGUGCAGAUCCUGGUGAAGCUCUGCACCUUCGUGUCCCCGGCCGAGGAGCUGGCCCAGAAGGACGACCUCCAGCUGCUCUUCAGUGCCAUCACCUCCUGGUGCCCCCCCCACAACCUGCCCUGGAGGAGGAGCGCCGGCGAGGUGCUGACCACCAUCUCCAGACACGGCCUCAGCGUCAACGUGGUCAAGUACAUCCACGAGAAGGAGUGUUUGGCCACGUGCGUGCAGAACAUGCAGCAGUCCGACGACCUCUCGCCUCUGGAGAUUGUGGAGAUGUUCGCCGGCCUCUCCUGCUUCCUCAAAGACUCCAGCGACGUGUCCCAGACCCUGCUGGACGAUUUCCGAAUGUGUCAGGGUUACGCCUUCCUCUGCGACCUCAUGCUCAGGCUGGAGCAGGCCAAAGAGGACGAAUCCAAGGAUGCACUGAAGGACCUGGUGAACCUGGUCACCUGUCUGUCCACGUACGGAGUGAUGGAGCUGAAGCCGGCCGGCCUCACCACCGGAGCCCCGUUCCUGCUGCCGGGGUUCAUCCUGCCACAGCCCUCCGGGAAAGGCCACACGGUGCGGAACAUCCAGGCCUUCGCCGUGCUGCAGAACGCCUUCCUGCGGGCCAAGACCAGCCGCCUGGCCUGCAUGCUGCUGGACGCCAUCGGGAACGUCUACGCCGCCGAGCCGGCCAACUACUUCAUCCUGGAGUCGCAGCACACCCUGUCGCAGUUCGCCGAGCGCGUGGCCAAGCUCCCGGAGGCCCAGUCCAAGUACUUCGAGCUGCUGGAGUUCGUGGUCUUCACCCUCAACUACGUGCCGUGCAAGGAGCUGUUCAGCGUCAGCGUGCUGCUCAAGUCCAGCACGUCGCACGCCUGCAGCAUCACGGCCGUGCAGACGCUGCUGAAGCUCGCCAGGCACGACCCGGUGUUCAGCGACGUGCUGCGCGAGGUGGGCCUGCUGGAGGUGCUGGUCAACCUGCUGCACAAGUACGCCGCCUUGCUCAAGGACCCGGCGACGCAGCAGCAACCGCACAACAACGACCAAGCCGACUGUAAAAACAACACAGUAGCAGAGGAGCAGAAACAGUUGGCCUGGCUGGUGAUGGAGACACUGACUGUGCUGCUGCAGGGCUCCAACACCACAAACACUAAUGCUGCUCUCUUCAGAGAGUUUGGCGGCGCUCGUUGCGUCCACAACAUAGUGAAGUACCGGCAGUGCCGGGAGCACGCCCUGCUCAUCAUCCAGCAGCUCAUCCUGUCGCCCAGCGGAGACGACGACAUGGGGACGCUGCUGGGACUCAUGCACUCUGCGCCGUCCAGCGAACUGCAGCUGAAGACGGACAUACUGAAGGCUCUGCUGGUGGUACUGAGAGAGAGCCACCGGACCCGCACCGUGUUCCGGAAGGUGGGCGGCUUCGUGUACGUGACCUCGCUGCUGGUGGCGAUGGAGCGCUCGCUGUGCCAGCCGCCGCGCCACGGCUGGGAGCGCGUCAACCAGAACCAGGUGUUCGAGCUCCUGCACACGGUCUUCUGCACGCUCACCGCCGCCAUGCGCUACGAGCCGGCCAACUCGCACUUCUUCCGCACCGAGAUCCAGUACGAGAAGCUGGCCGACGCCGUGAGGCUGCUGGGCUGUUUCUCAGACACCAAGAAGCUGGGAGCCACCAGCGUGUUCCCCUCCAACGCACAGCCGUUCCAGAGGCUGCUGGAGGACGAGGCGGCCCCCGGAGGCUGUGCGGGGGACAGCGUGUGUCCCACCCUCAAACACUGCAGCAAGCUCUUCAUCUACCUGUACAAGAUGGCCACCGACUCCUUCGACAGCCGUGCCGAGCACGUGCCUCCCUGCCUGACUCACGAGACCUCGCUGCCCUCCCCGUGGGGCACGCCGGCACUCACCAGGAAGAGACAUGGUUACUACGGUACGUCGGGCCCCCCCGCCCCGGUCAAAGCCAUGACCGACCUCAAGCUCCACCUGGCCAACGCCUCUCACCCCGCCUCGUCCUCCUCGUCCUCGUCCGACAUGGUGGUCAUCCACCCGGGGGCCGUCCUGGCCAUGCUGGACCUGCUGCCCUCCGUGUCCUCCGACAGCCAGCCGGAGCAUGCCUUGGACCUUCAGCUGGCCGUGGCCAACAACCUGCAGCUGCUGGUGAACAGCGAGAGGAACCAGCAGGUUCUGUGCGAGGCCUCCCUCCACCAGCGGCUGCUGCAGCGCUGCAGUCACGCCCUGGGCGACGAGGACCACCCGCUGCACCCGCCGCUGCAGAGGAUCUUUGAGAGGCUGGCCUCGCAGGCCCUGCAGCCAAUGGCACUCAGGGAGUUCUUGCGUCUGGGAAACCCUCUGAACUGCGGCGCCUGGGACAAGAAGCUCCUGAAGCAGUACCGGGUCCACAAACCCAGCUCGCUCAGCUACGACGCCGAGAUGAGAAACAGUAUGACCAUGUCCAUGGAGGGCUUCGGCCCCGACAGCGUCUUCGCCACGCCGGCCGAGGAGAACGGACAGUACCGCAUCAGCCGCAGCCUGGUGCGCUCGGCCGAGGGCAGCACCGUACCCCUCACCCGGGUCAAGUGCCUGGUUUCCAUGACGACGCCUCACGACAUCCGCCUGCACGGAUCGGCCGUCACGCCGGCGUUCGUGGAGUUCGACACGUCGCUGGAGGGCUUCGGGUGUCUGUUUCUCCCCAGCCUGGCGCCUCACAACGCCCCCACCAACAACACCAACGCCUCGGGGGUCAGCGAUGGCGCCGUGCUGAGCGGGAUGGGGACAGGUGAGCGCUUGUUUCCUCCCCCGUCCGGCCUCAGCUACUCCACCUGGUUCUGCGUGGAGCACUUCAGCGCGGCCCCCCAGGCCCACCCGGUGCGGCUGCUGACGGUGGUGCGCCGGGCCACCUCGUCGGAGCAGCACUACGUCUGCCUGUCCGUGGUGCUGUCGGCCAAAGACCGCUCGCUCACCGUCUCCACCAAGGAGGAGCUGCUGCAGACCUACUCCGACGAGUCGAGUGAAGAAGCCUCCUUCUACGAGAUCCUGCCCUGCUGCGCCCGCUUCCGCUGUGGCGACCUGAUCGCGGAGGGCCAGUGGCACCACCUGGUGCUGGUCAUGAGCAAAGGCAUGCUGAAGAACAGCAUGGCCACGCUGUACCUGGACGGCCAGCUCAUCAACACCGUCAAGCUGCACUACAUCCACAGCGGUCCGGGCGGCUCCGGCUCCACCAACCCCCCCGUGGUGAGCACGGUGUACGCGUACAUCGGGACGCCGCCCGCCCAGCGCCAGAUCUCCAGCCUGGUGUGGCGCCUGGGGCCCAGCCACUUCCUGGAGGAGGUCCUGCCCGCGGCCAGCGUCGCCGCCAUCUACGAGCUGGGACCCAACUACGUGGGCAGCUCGCAGGCCGUCUACCUGCCCUGUAAAGACUCAAAGGCGGAGGUGUCCCCGGCCUCUCCGGUGGUGCUGGUAGCAGAGGAGAAGGUGUCCUUCAGUCUCUACGCCUUCUCCGCCUCCAUCCUCACCGUGGCCAAGAUCAGGAAGGUCUACAACAAACUGGACAGCAAAGCCAUCGCCAAGCAGCUCGCCGUGUCGUCCCAUGAGAACGCCACUCCAGUCAAGCUCAUCCACAACGCGGCGGGACACCUGAACGGGCCGGCGCGGACCGUCGGCGCCGCCGUCAUCGGAUAUUUAGGCGUCCGUGCCUUCGUGCCCAAACCUGUGGCCUCAAGCCUGCAGUACGUGGGCGGGGCCGCCGCCAUCCUGGGCCUGGUCGCCAUGGCGUCGGACGUGGAGGGGCUGUACGCCGCCGUUAAGGCUUUGGUGUGCGUGGUUAAGAGCAACCCGCUGGCCAGUAAGGAGAUGGAGCGCAUCAAAGGCUACCAGCUGCUGGCCAUGCUGCUGAAGAAGAAGCGCUCACUGCUCAACAGCCACAUCCUCCACCUCACCUUCUCCCUGGUGGGGACGGUGGACAGCGGCCACGAGACCUCCAUCAUCCCCAACUCCACCGCCUUCCAGGACCUGCUGUGCGACUUCGAGGUGUGGCUCCACGCUCCCUACGAGCUCCAUCUGUCCCUGUUUGAGCAUUUCAUCGAACUGCUGACAGAAUCCAGCGAGGCGGCUAAAAACGCUAAGUUACUGCGGGAGUUCCAGCUGAUCCCGAGGCUGCUGCUGACCCUGAGGGACACCUCGCUGUCCCAGCCCACUGUGGCCGCCAUCAGCAACGUGCUCAGUCUGCUGCUGCAGGGCUUCCCCAACCAGUACGACCUGCUGCGGUUCGGUCAGUUCAUCUCCUCCACUCUGCCCACAUUCGCCGUCUGCGAGAAAUUCGUCGUCAUGGAGAUCAACAACGAGGAGAAGCUGGACGGAGGGAACGAGGACGACUUCGGCGGCCUCCUGUCGGCCAACCUCAUCCUGCUGAGGAACCGGCUGCUGGACAACCUGCUCCGACUGCUGUUCACCACCAAGGAGAAGUGCUCAGUCAACGCUCAGGCUUGUGACGAGCUGGUGCGGACGCUCGGCUUCGACUGGCUGCUGAUGUUCAUGGAGGAGCACCUGCACUCCAGCACGGUGACGGCCGCCCUGUGGAUCCUGGUGGUGCUGCUGUCCAACCAGUCCAUCCUCAACCGCUUCAAGGAGGGCCUGUGCGGCGGCGGCUGGCUGGACCACACCGACUCCGUCCUCACCAACAAGAUCGGCACCGUGCUGGGGUUCAACGUGGGCCGCAGUGCCGGCGGCCGCUCCACUCUGCGCGAGAUCAACCGGGACGCCUGCCACUUCCCGGGGUUCCCCGUGCUGCAGACGCUGCUGCCCAAACACACCAACGUGCCCGAGCUGUACUUCCUGCUCAUGGCUCUGUUCCUGCAGCAGCCGGUCACCGAGCUGCCGGACAGCCUGCAGGUACAUUUCGACCUGGACUCUAUCUGGACCUUUAUCUUCGGGAUGCCGGCCUCCAGCGGGACGGUGGUGGGCUCCAUCCACAGCGUGUGCACCGAGGCCGCCUUCCUGCUGCUGGCCAUGCUGCGCAGCAUGCUCAACCUGCCGUGGCAGUCGGAGGAGGAGGGCUCCUGGCUCAGAGAGUACCCCGUCACUCUCAUGCAGUUCUUCAGAUACCUUUACCACAACGUGCCCGACCUGGGGCCCAUGUGGCACAGCCCCGAGUUCCUCUGUGCGCUGGCAGCCUCGGUCUUCCCCUUCAACAUCAGGCCCUACUCUGAGAUGGUGAGUGACCUGGACGAUGAAGCCGGCUCCCCCAUCGAGGAGUUCAAGGCCUUCGCCGGGGAUUCCGGAAUGAACCGCAGCCAGUCGGAGUACUGCAACGUGGGCUCCAAGACGUCCCUGACCAACCACCCGGCCAAGAAGUACGUCUUCGACUUCAUGAGGGUUCUGAUCAUGGACAACCUGUGCAUGACCCCGGCCAGCAAGCAGACGCCCAUCAUCGACAUGCUGCUGGAGGCUUCUCCAGAACGAUCCACCAGAACUCAGCAGAAAGAGUUUCAGUCCAACAUCCUGGACGGCGUCAUGGAGCAUCUGCUGGCUGCCGACGUCCUCCUCGGUGAGGACGCCUCGCUGCCCCUCAGCAGCGGCGGUAGCUAUCAGAUCCUGGUCAACAACGUCUUCUACUUCACCCAGCGGGUGGUGGACAAGCUGUGGCAGGGCAUGUUCAACAAGGACUCCAAGCUGGUGGUGGACUUCAUCGUGCAGCUCAUUGGACAGUCCAAGCGGCGCUCGCAGGGCCUCUCCCUGGACACCAUCUACCACUGCCUGAACCGCACCGUGCUCUACCAGCUCUGCCGGCCCCACAAGACGGUGGCCCAGCAGGUGGCCCUGCUGGACGCGCUGCGGGUCCUCACCGUCAACCGCAACCUGGUGCUCGGACCCGGGAACCACGACCAGGACUUCGUGGCCUGCCUGGCCCACUGCUUCAUCUGCCUGCACAGCGGGAGCAGCGUGGAGGGCUUCGGCCUGGAGGCGGAGGCCAGGAUGACCACCUGGCACGUCAUGAUGCCUGCAGAGAACGAAGCCGACGCCACACACAGCCACGAUGUCAGCGAGGGGAGGCAGCUGCUGCUGAAGGCCGUGAACCGGGUGUGGACGGAGCUGAUGCACAGCAAGCGCCAGAUGCUGGAGGACAUCUUCAAAGUGUCUCUGCCCUGCAACGACAGGGGACACGUGGACAUCGCGACGGCCCGACCCGCCCUGGAGGAGCCGGCCCUCAAGAGCUGGCAGAACCACCUGGUCCAUGAGAAGAAGUGCAUCAGUCGAGGAGAAGCCGUGGCGCCGGCGACGCAGUCCAAGCUGUCGCGCGUCAGCAGCGGCUUCGGCCUGUCCAAGCUGACGGGCGUCCGUCGCAACAAGAAGGAGAACAGCCUGAACAAGAACAGCCUGUCGGCGCAGGAGACCUUCCAGUGGAUGUUCACACACAUCGCUGUGGUCCGAGACCUGGUGGCCAUGCAGUACAAGGAGCACCAAGAGCGGCAGCAGAACGCCCUGAAGUACGUGACGGAGGAGUGGUCCUCCAUCGAGUACGAGCUGCUGCGGGAGCGCGGCCUCUGGGGGCCGCCCAUCGGCUCCCACCUGGACAAGUUCAUGCUGGAGAUGACGGAGGGGCCGUGCCGCAUGAGGAAGAAGAUGGUCCGCAACGACAUGUUCUACAUCCACUACCCGUACAUCCCCGAGACGGAGGGCAGCUCCAACCCUGCUCAGAAGCCUCUGCGCUACAGACGAGCCAUCAGCUACGACAGUAAGGAGUACUACAUGCGCCUCCUGUCGGGGAACCCCGGCAUGUACCAGCACUCUGUGGAGCACAGCACGGAGGGAGAGACCGCCCAGCACGAGCCGGAGCACGGAGAGGACACCAUCGCCAGGGUCAAAGGCCUGGUGAAGGCUCCUCUGAAGAGGUCCCGCUCCACGGCGGACGGGGCGGACGAGGACAGCCAGGAGCAGCUGCAGGAGCAGCUGCUGGAGUCCGGGGGUCCAGAGGAGGAGCAGAGGACCGACAACACGUCGCUGCUGCGCCUCCUGGAGGAGGGGGAGAAGAUCCAGCACAUGUACCGCUGUGCCCGGGUGCAGGGUCUGGACACCAGCGAGGGUCUGCUGCUGUUCGGGAAGGAGCACUUCUACGUCAUCGACGGCUACACCAUGACCGUGUCCCGAGAGAUCCGAGACAUCGACACGCUGCCACCAAAUUUGCACGAGGCCAUCAUCCCCAGAGGAGCCAGACAGGGCCAGAGCCAGCUGAAGAGGACAUGCAGCAUCUUCGCCUACGAGGACAUCAAGGAGGUUCACAAGAGGCGCUACCUGCUGCAGCCCAUGGCGGUGGAAGUGUUCUCGGCCGACGGGAGAAACUACCUGCUGGCUUUCCAGAAAGGAGUUCGCAACAAAGUUUACCAAAGGUUCUUGGCCGUGGUUCCCUCCUUGGCCGACAGCUCGGAGUCAGUUUCAGGCCAGAGGCCGAACACCAGUGUGGAACAGGGAUCCGGACUGCUCAGCACGUUGGUGGGUGAGAAGUCGGUGACUCAGCGAUGGGAGAGAGGAGAGAUCAGUAACUUCCAGUACCUGAUGCAUCUGAACACGCUGGCGGGACGAUCGUACAACGAUCUGAUGCAGUAUCCCGUCUUCCCCUGGAUCCUGGCCGACUUCGACUCCGAAGAGCUGGACCUGAAUAACCCCAAGACGUUCCGUAACCUCUCCAAGCCGAUGGGCGCCCAGACCGACGACCGCCUCACGCAGUACAAGAAGAGGUACAAGGACUGGGAAGACCCCAACGGGGAAACUCCAGCGUAUCACUACGGCACGCACUACUCCUCAGCCAUGAUCGUGGCGUCCUAUCUGGUUCGGAUGGAGCCGUUCACACAGAUUUUCCUCAGACUUCAGGGCGGCCACUUCGACCUGGCCGACAGGAUGUUCCACAGCGUGCGUGAAGCCUGGCUCUCGGCCUCCAAACACAACAUGGCCGACGUCAAGGAGCUCAUCCCUGAGUUCUUCUACCUGCCCGAGUUCCUGCUGAACUCCAACAACUUCGACCUGGGAGCCAAACAGAACGGCACCAAGCUGGCCGAUGUCAUCCUCCCGCCCUGGGCCAAAGGAGACCCCCGGGAGUUCAUCCGGGUCCACAGAGAGGCGCUGGAGUGCGACUACGUGUCGGCUCACCUCCACGAGUGGAUCGACCUGAUCUUCGGCUACAAGCAGCAGGGUCCGCCGGCCGUGGAGGCCGUCAACGUCUUCCACCACCUGUUCUACGAGGGCCAGGUCGACAUCUACAACAUCAACGACCCGCUCAAGGAGACGGCCACCAUCGGCUUCAUCAACAACUUCGGGCAAAUCCCCAAACAGCUCUUUAAGAAGCCCCACCCUCCCAAACGGGUCCGCAGUAAAGCGAACGGUGACGUGGCGGGAAUGCCUCCGAGCUCCAACAGCGACAAGAUCUUCUUCCAUCAUCUGGACAAUCUCAGACCUUCUCUGGCACCAGUGAAAGAGCUGAAGGAGCCGGUGGGUCAGAUCGUUAGCACAGACAAAGGCAUCCUGGCUGUGGAGCAGAACAAAGUUCUCGUUCCCCCCACGUGGAGCAAAACCUUCGCCUGGGGCUACGCUGACCUCAGCUGCAGAACGGCCAACUACGAGUCCGACAAGGCCCUGGUGGUCUACGAGUGCCUGUCUGAGUGGGGUCAGAUCCUCUGCGCCAUCUGUCCCAACCCGAAGCUGGUGGUGACCGGAGGCACCUCCACCACCAUCUGUGUGUGGGAGACGGGCAACUCCAAAGAGAGGGCCAAGUCACUCACACUCAAACAGGCGUUACUGGGCCACACGGACGCCGUGACGUGUCUGACGGCCUCCUCGGCGUACCACAUCGUGGUGAGCGGCUCUCGGGAUCGAACCUGCAUCAUCUGGGACCUCAACAAGUUCUCCUUCGUCACGCAGCUGAGGGGACACCGAGCGCCCGUCUCCGCCCUGUGCAUCAACGAGCUGACGGGGGACAUCGUGUCCUGCGCAGGAACCUACAUCCACGUGUGGAGCAUCAACGGCAGCCCCAUCGCCAGCGCCAACACCUUCACCGGCCGCAGCCAGCAGAUCCUGUGCUGCUGCGUGUCGGAGAUGAACGAGUGGGACACGCAGAACGUCAUCGUCACCGGACACUCGGACGGCGUAGUCAGGUUUUGGAGAAUGGAGUUCCUCCAGGUCCCGGAGACCCCGGCUCCGGAGCCGGUGGAGUCAGACAUGCCGGACUGCUGCGCCGACGAGAAGAUCGAGGGCGGCGAGAGUCAGAACGGAGACGAGGACAGCAGCGAGUCGGACGGAGACGAGCCCAGUCUAAGUCAGGAGCCCCAAGCGCCACGGAACCCGUCCACAGGGGGGGGCAGCCAGCCGGGCAGCGCCGUGCACAGACCCCGAGGCCCGUCGGCGCGGACCGGAGCGUCGUGGUCGAUGGACAGCGGCUCCGACGACUCCCACCGCUGGUCCGACACCCUCAGCAUCGACGAGAAGGACGGCUUCGUGUUCGUCAACUACUCCGAAGGACAGACCAAAGGCCACCACCCUCACCCGGCUCACCCGGGACACCCGGGCCACCCGGCUCCGCCUCACCACCCCGCCACCAUGGAGGCUCGCCUGUACAACCAGCUGAGGGCAGGCUACAGGUGGGAACGGCAGCUGGUCUUCCGGAGCAAGCUCACCAUGCACACCGCCUUCGACCGCAAGGACAACGCCCACCCGGCCGAAAUCACCUCGCUCGCCAUCUCCAAGGACCACAGUAAGAUCCUGGUGGGCGACGGGCGGGGCCGCGUCUUCAGCUGGUCGGUCAGCGACCAGCCCGGCCGCUCGGCGGCCGACCACUGGGUGAAGGACGAGGUGGUGGACAGCUGCUCCGGCUGCACCGUCCGCUUCUCGCUCACGGAGCGGCGCCACCACUGCAGGAACUGCGGCCAGCUCUUCUGCCAGAAGUGCAGCCGCUUCCAGUCGGAGAUCAAGCGGCUGAAGAUCUCGUCGCCCGUGCGCGUUUGUCAGAACUGUUACUACAACCUUCAGCACGAGCGGAGCGUGGAGGACGGCUGCAGGAACUGAAGAAGAAGAAGAGCAGAGGAGCGUCGGCCAUCGCCAGAACUGACCCCCUCCCCCCAGCGAAGCCACGUUUACCAUAACGCUCCGACGCUACAGAGGAGACGGACGGAGUACGACAAGAAAGACCACCACCUUCACCGCCUGCACGCUCAGAGUAACCACCGGCCAUUUCACUUUGAGAUCAAACCAGGAGGAAGAAGAAAAGAAAAAAACUUGUUCAUAUUGUAAAUAUUGAUCCAUGGCCUUUUUAACUCCAGGAGAGACAGAACACAAAAUAAGGUCCAUAAGGAAUAUUAAAAGGAAAAAAAAAAAAACAAGACAACUUGCCUGUAACAUAGCGUUGUGACUAACCAAACUUGGCUUUAAAAAGAAAAAAAAAAAAAGAAUCGGUUGUGUGUCGUCUGCAUCACAAGUCACAUGAAACCCAGAGGAGAAACCACGGAGGGAUGAGAAUGUCUGGAAUCAGCGUCUGUGGGUCGACUGUCCACGAGGGGCUCGGUAUUGUUUCCUCAUCAUCGCAUUGUUUACAGAAAUCUGGAGUGUGUGAGUGAGUGAGUGAGUGAGUGAGUGUGUGAGUGUGUGUGUGUGUGUGUGAGUGUGUGUUCUCCACAGUGUGAAGCCAUCACCACUAGAAACAGCCGCUAUCAGACGUCUUCUUCUCUCUUUUUUUUGCCAAAUUGUUUUUAUGUAUCAAUCACAACGGCUUUUUUUUUUUCUUUCUUUUCUUUUUUUUUUCUUAAGCUUCUCUGUCUUUUAUAUGAAUUCCCAUUUGGAGAUUUCUUGUUGAUGCUGCUAAUUUGUGAAGACUGGACACGUUAUCAUUUCAGUUUUUUUUUUUUGGUUUUUCUCCAACCAUAUCACUUUAUUUUGUAAUAUUUAAAUCGUACAGAAAUGAGCCGCCACAACUUCCAUUGUGUGAAAACGUCAUGAAUUACUCACGUACGAUCAACCUGCAUUGAUUUCCCAUCACUUUAAUCUUUUUCCCGCCUCGCCGGCUCUUGAAAUGCACAUUUAGAAAAGGGAUUUAAUGGUGAACUGUAUUUUUGUUUGUACGUCUCAUUGGUUUUUGUUGAGUUUCGUUUUUUUGUGGCAUUAUUCCAGUUUCACACUCAGCGGGGGAGGGGCCAGACGAGUGAACCACAAGGAAAAUUCUCACCAGUGAAUAUUUCCAAUCAAAUGUUGAGUAAAAAACUUAAAUUAUACUCAUCACGCUUCACUGGAGAACUCUGAAACAUAAAGUUGUCAACAGACCAGCCAGUCUGGUUGUUUUCCGGCGAUCGAUUGACUCAUCUGUUCUCUCUGCAGAGCUCCAGAAAAGUCAACCAGAGAAAGUAGAUAUAUACUUUCUGGUAAUAUUUGCAAUCUGUGUGAAUUAUAAUAAUAUGGAAAAACUCAUUGAUUCACAAGUAAUAGAAAAGAGGAAAGAAACUAUUGCAACUGAGGAUGAAGAGAAAAUACUGAAAUAAGAAGCACACACUGUGGCAGUGAUGCUGACCUUUGACCUUUAGUAGAAGGACAGAGCAGCUGCUUGUGUUUGCUGAUCCAUCACCACAUCAAGAUGAGAUUGCAACUCGAAUAAUCUGAAAGUUUGUCCCUUGUCGGCACUUUUUUAUCUCUAAAUUUUACUUCAGGAGAAUGAUGGAUUCACCAGUGAGUGUUUCAAACUGAAGUGUUGGCAGUGUGUUUGACGACAUUAUCCAUGAGGUUUGAUUUUAAAAAGUGAUUAGCAAAGUUCAGAAAAGCUGUAGUCCAGCAUCUUUGACUGAAGCUUACCAUCCUGGAGUGAAACCAUUUGGCUUUUAGAGCAGAUUGACUCCUUUGUUCAUGCAACAAAGGACGGAAGUGUUUGAAUUUAACCGAGCGGAUCAUGCAGGUUGCAGUAGAUCAAACUUAUUUAACUUUAACAUCGUGCAAAAUUAUUCCCGUUUCAGUUUUUUUUUAAUUACAAAAAAAAAAAACAUGUUGACAUAUUUUGAUGUAGAAAGUUAUUGUGAGGCAGCUCUUCUGAUUAAUCUCAUUUCCUGUCCCAACAUUUCACACGUCACUGAGUCCGUGGCUGUGUGGGCAGCAACCGUGCAUUCAAGGCUUUUAUCUUUUCAUGGCGAAAAUGACUUUGUGUUACCUACUACGGUAAAAAAACACAAAUAAUAGUCAGCAGAAUUAAGAUAUUGUAUUGAAUUUAUUAUUAUUUAAAUAAGUUUUGAAGUCAAAACAAAAAAUGAAUGUCAAGAUUAACUUAAAAAAAAAUCAUGAAAAAUUUGAAAUAUUGAAAAUUAAGUAGACAAAUGAAGUCAAAAUGUUCAUCCUGUUAUUUCAGCUCCAUUUCAAGGUGGUACUGGUUCCAUGCCUUCACUUCUAUUUCAGAUUUAUUUGAAGCAUUUUGUUCAUUAAUUGAAACACAUUUUCUUCCCCAUUGUUCAGUUUCCCUUUUCUCAGAGUUGUCAAAGAAAAACCAAACCAGGAACUGUCCGGUUCAUUUGUUGUCCCGAUGGAAACAAUCUGCACUCGUUUCUGUCCCGUCGUGCUUCUUCCCUCCAUCCAGCGGAGAGAAAACCCUCCGUCUGCUCUCCGCUGUGGAUUUGUGAAUUUGUUUGCACCUUGUACAAAAAAAAAAGAGAGAACUCAGCAGUUUUUAUUUGAGCAGAGGGGAGCGUUUCACAGCGGAUAAAUGAAUUGUACAAAGUAUUUAUGCAGUUGUAACUGGGUUUAGAUUUUUUUUAAUGAUUAUUGCGAUUUCAGCAAGUUUAGUUACUUGUUGCAUGUCUUAUUAACACAGCUGACUUUCUGUGUCAGUGCAUUGUACAUGUUCUCUGCAUUACAUUCAUCUUUCUUUGCUGGAUUUUUUUUUUUUUUCUUUUUUCGAGGCAUUGUCUGACCAGUUGUCCCGGCGGGUUUGUGUACAGAGAUCAUGUUCCUACUCCGGGUGGACUUUUCUACUUUUUCCUUUCUGGAUUAAAAAAACAAAACAAAACAAAA